ACAUACCUUGCGCUUGCAUAUUGGCAUACUUGCACACCAACAUGGCUGCAGUUAAGUUGGUGUUGACAAUGUUAAAGAGCUCCUCAUCUGGGGUUCGUUUAAGCAAUGUGGUCUGUGAAAUACCGGCGCAGUUGACUAGAACAUCAACAGGACCGACGGUAUGAGGCUGGCCACCAUCCUGUAUAGGAUUGGGUUAGAGGUUUGCAUGGGAUGACGGCGGAUUAGGCGCGUAGAGUAGGCUUACGUUGCUAGGGCGCGAUGAGAAGACGCUUUUGAUGUUUGCUGCGUCAGAAACAUCUAUACGGAUAAAUUGAUGGGAAUUGGGGCCUUUGGUAGAUGAAGUUGCCUCUAUUGGCGGCUUAUAUGGCUGAAGCCUGCUCUCAAGAGCAGGACGCAUAUCAACAGCAGAGCGGCCAAGCACACUGACGACGGCACCAUUGGCAGCAAAAGCCUUUGCAAUAUGGGAACCUAUGAUGCCUGUACCUCCCACUACUGCACAGUGCUUUCCUGCAAAGCGGAGAGCCAUAGCUGGUGGGCGUGCGAGGCUGAGCAAGACGGGUGAUGGUGCUGUUGCAGGGCACGCGUAGCAGUCGCAGCGAGCUGAGCGAAGGGCGUUGGCGCCUAAACGCGCAGGUGUAGAUGACCAUCACCAGCGAGCUUAGUGGCCCGCAAGCGGCGCCGCCCAUCACAAUUACAGCGGGCAUAGGCUGCUAUAGCAGGCGGUAAUUAAACCUCGGUAGCGUGUUUCGCAUCCACCCAGCGCCUGUCACUUUGGUGUCCACCUCCACGUUUUCUCCCAGUCCCCGCCUCUUUCUACCAAACAUCGUGCUUUCCGGACAGGCUUCCCCUUGGAAACAGCAACCAGACCGUCGUCUUGUCGCCAAUUGCUUUGUGCAAAAGGUUGUCUCUAGCGGCGUCUCUUCCCCUGCCGGCCGCUGCAUGCCGGGCUUCUCCCUGUCCAUUUCAAAGACAUUGACGACAAGUGGCUUACCCCCGGCCACUCAUUCUGGACAUGGGCGGCACGAGACGCGAAACCCCGCCCCAGGCCGACGAGAAGCAGAAGAAGGAUGUUGUGGAUGCUGGAUUGAGGAAUCUUGAUCACUACAAGCGAGCCCUGCCGAGAUGGCGCUACGUUUUGCGACAGAAUGCCUUACCGUUGGUCCGAUGGGAGACGCCUUAUUUGGCAUGGAUGCAAGAGAAGAUGCGGAUGCCAGCUUUGGAUAGCUACUUUGCCAUCACAGCGAAUCUGGGCACGCAUACCUUCUUUAUGAUUGGCUUGCCCAUCUGCUUUUGGUGCGGAUGGGCGGCAGCUGGUAAAGCACUUGUUCAUAUGCUCGCGCUCGGCGUGUUUUGGACUGGCUUUAUCAAAGACUUCUACUCGCUUCCCCGACCGUUAUCCCCACCCCUGCAUCGCAUUACAAUGUCCGGCUCUGCGGCCUUGGAAUAUGGAUUCCCAUCGACACAUAGUGCAAAUGCUGUCUCUGUUGCAGUGUAUGCGCUACUUAGCCUGAGGAGCGCAGAGUCGGCCAUGGGCCCGACAGCUAGGAUCAUACUCGAGACGCUCUCGUACUUUUACGCUGCCUCUAUUGUCCUCGGCCGUUUAUACUGUGGCAUGCAUGGAUUUCUUGAUGUGAUUGUAGGAUCAGCUAUGGGUGCCGGUAUUGCGGCUCUAGAAUUCUAUCACGGGCCACAGCUUGACACCUACAUGCACUCGUGCUCAUGGCUUGCGCCGCUUAUUGGUGGAUUGAUAGUCGUUGCUUUGGUACGGAUUCACCCUGAGCCUGCAGAUGACUGCCCCUGCUUUGAUGACAGUGUUGCUUUUGCUGGAGUCGUAAUUGGAGUCGAGUUUGGCACCUGGUCGUAUGGCAAGAUCAGCAGAGAUCCAUGGGAGACCAACGCGCAUGGUGACGGAGUUAUCAACGUGGGCGCUCUGGGCGUGCCUAUCAAUGUCGCACGCAUCAUUCUUGGUGUUCUCAUCAUCUUUGCCUGGAGGGAGACGAUGAAGCCGUUGCUGCUCAAGUACCUACCGUAUCUCUUCCGAUUCAUUGAGCACCUGGGACUGAGCUUGCCUCGCCGAUUCUUUACUCCGGCGACAGAAUACAAGUCUGUACCCCCAGGAUCGCGCCUGGAUACCCUGUUCCCCAAGGCGUCGGACUUUCCUCGCAUUGUUGAGGGUAUUCGACAUCCUACCACUAGAGGCCGCUCUGUAUCCAUCGGCCCGCAAAGUGCUGCAGAUGUAUACGAAGCUUUGGCUUACCGCGAGAGGAAGCGAAGAGAGAGCAUCGGAAGCAAUAAGAGCUUCAAUGAAGAGAACCAGAGUGGAAAGUCGGCUCUUGCCACAGGGACACAGGCUGCUGGUCGCGGUCUAUCACCUGGAGGAACACAUGAGAUGACGAAGUCUGAGCUGCUCACAGCUGAUGUCACUGACAUCAGCCCUCAAGAUGCUGCGAUAGAAGAAAAGCAGUUUUUCGCCAUGAUUACGAAGCCGCGCGUGCGAUACGAUAUUGAGGUUGUAACGAAGCUCAUUGUUUAUGCUGGUAUUGGUCUUUUUGCAACAGCCUUGAUCCCCAUUAUUUUCGAGCUUGUUGGACUUGGCACGAAUCAUUUACAGGCGUCAUGAGUGCAUACAGAUAGAGGCAGCUACUGUCUAGAUCCCAUAACAAGGCAAAUACAAAAUACAAACUAUAUUGACAUAGACAACCGCUAGCCAACUGUGAGGAGCUGCUCGUAGAAACCACCAAUCUGGUUUUUGACGUCAUGAAUGUAGACCUCAAGAAUCCAAUGCCUCUUAUGUCCAUCCUUGCCGACGCAAUUCAUUGAGUUGUCGUUUCCUUCGGUAAUGUACAGAGAGACCUUGUCCUUGGGGAUGCGCUCAUGCGGGAAUGAGCCAACAAUAUGUCCAGCGAGCUUACCGCCAAAGGUCCAGCCUCCUGGAUGAGCCUCGACAGUUUCUUUGGCGAUCUUGUACAGCUCGGUUCCCGUCAUAUCUGGGUUCUCCUUGUACUUCGCUUUUACUUCCUUCCAUAUAGGCUCGAUCGCAUCUCGGAUUUCCUUUUUGCGGGGGUCGUCACCAAGGACAAAGGUGCGACCAAAAUCUGCUUCCCAUUCCUCGAAAACAGGGCCGAGGUCGACGAUGAGGAUGUCAUCGGGCUGAAUGAUUCGAUCCGGAGGGUUAUCUGAGUAAGCGCACAUGGUGUUUGGACCGCUACGAACCACGCGCUUGUGCCAAUGUGUGCGAACACCACAUCUUUCGGUACCUAGCUUGUGAAUCUCGUCGCUCAGUGCCUUCUCGCCAAUGCCUGGGCGGAGGAGGUUCUCUUCGAUCUCGUCGAAGAGCUCGGCAGCCUUAUCUUGCGCGUCCUGGAGCCGAGCAGCUCGUUGUUCUUCUACAAGAGCCAUGGUGGAAGUGGUGCAGCGAUAAAGUGGAGGGACAACAGUGGGCUCUUCUUAUCACCAAUGCAGGGACUGGGAGGACGUUUUGAAUUAGACGUGCUUUGUGGGUGGCAUGUUGGGCAGCCACGUAUUUAAAGCACGGUUGCACCCUCUCAUCCCCGCUCACAUUUACGAGCAAACAUAUUACCAACCGUGCAAACUAAAGUUACGGCUGGAACGGCUAAGACGGGAGGCGUUGGAUGCAGAGGGCGUCGCACUGAAAUGGGGCGUUAUAAAAAGGCUCUGGUAAUUCGUCGGUUUCCUGAUGAGGCUCUACUCUAGCGGGCAUGGACAAUACGCAACGGGACAGUGACGUAGCAAUCAAUGGCGCUAGGAAGCCCUUGUUAUGGUCGCCUGCAGGACACAUGCUCGGCACGACUGCCGCAUGAGGUGGGUUAUGCAGGUGACGGUUUGUGAAUCUCCGGAGCUACACUGCGAAGAUUCUAGUAACAGGAGAGAGGACCCUAUGAAAGACAAGAGGCGGCUGCCGACCUUACCGAGACGACAUGCAGGGCGCGGACAGACUUAACGAGGCUGGAGCGAGAUACGGUCUGCUCCACAUGACAUUGAACAUGUUGCCCAACAGCAAAGUCGUGAUAAAUCCUUCAAGAAUAAUGGUUACUAGUUAAAAGUAGCCUGGCAUUGAAAGCACAAUUCUUCUCAUUAGGCCCUAGGAUCGAGUGUUGCUUGAGAGAACAUGUACCUUGACCGUGGAAGUAAUUAGACUAUGACUAUGAGAGUGGUAUGAAUGCGAAUGGUGCUACUACACUAUAGGGCAAACUUCUGUAGAUGAAAGUAAAUUAUCUUUUUAUUUUGAAAUUGAUAACAAUUUUUUUUUACAAUGGUAGUGGUGGCACUACCACUAUCUUAUAGAGAGACCCUG